AUGCCACUCCAUCUGCUCGGCAAAAAGUCGUGGAACGUCUACAAUGCUGACAACAUCGCCCGCGUCCGUCGCGAUGAAGCCGCCGCAAAGGCCGCCGAGGAGGCGGAAGAGCAGCGCAUGCAGGAGACCGAUGCACAACGCCGACUAGCCAUCCUACGCGGCGAAGCUCCUCCACCUAUAGAGGAUGCUGAGCCAUCCACGGCCGACGAGCCGCCCGCUCGUGAAACCACACAUCCUGGAAGCAUGCGGCGGAAACGGAAGCGACCGGGCGAGGACGACACCGACUUUGAGAUGCGCGUGGCGAGGGAGAGGGAUGACAUGGCUGUUGUCAGCGUCGAGUCUGAGAGGAAACCUACGAGCUCUGCUCCGAUUGUGGAUCAUGCUGGGCACAUUGAUCUUUUCGGUGAUGAGAAGCUCAGAGCACAUGCCGAAAAGAACGAGGAAGCAGAGAAGGAAGCCAAGAAGAAAAAGCAGAGCUAUGAGGAUCAAUACACGAUGCGAUUCUCCAACGCCGCUGGAAAGGACGGCGCUCUGCAGCCGUGGUACUCCCAGUCCGAUGCCGCAGCUCCGGAUGCAUCCUCCAAAGACGUCUGGGGCAACCAAGACCCGAAGCGCAAAGAGAGGGACAUCAAGCGGAUAGUGUCGAAUGACCCGCUCGCGAUGAUGAAACAGGGUGCAUCAAAGGUUCGGGAGCUGAAACAGGAGCGAAAGCGAUUUCAGGAGGAGAGGGACGAGGAGUUGAAACAGAUGCGCCGGGAGGACCGGCAUCGCGAGAGACGACGACGGAGGCAUGAGGAAAGUGGCAGGGGUGGAGAUCGGAGUCGAGGCCGAGAUGGGGAAAGAUCUUCGACUCGACAUGAGGAAAGGAGGCAUAGGCCGAGGGAUAGGAGAGAUGACCAUGAUCGUGGCAGAGGAUCUGAGAGACGGAGGCAUGAUCGUUAUGAGAGAGGGGAAUCCAGAGACAGGAAGGAUUACAGAGAUCAUCAUGAUAAGGAUAGAUCAGAUCUGGAGAGGAGAAGGAGAAGGAGAAGUAGAGACGACGAGAGUCGUAAAAGAAGAGACUCGCGAUCUCCAGAACGAAAUCAAGGCGAGCGACGUCGACAUCGUUCAAGAGAAGAAGCAUGA